GCAGCACCACCCCGAAACCCUAGAGUGCACACUCCUACACUCUAGCUAGUACAACACUCAGCAGCAGCAGCAGCCAUGGAGGCGAGCAGCAAGAAGCUCCGGCCCUUCCUCCUCACCCUGCUGCUGCUGCUCUCCACCGCCGUGACGCCCAUCCUCUCCUGCGACUGCGACAAGCCCAAGGCCCCCAAGCCGUCGCACCCGCCCAAGACCAAGCCUUCAUACCCGUCGCCCAAGCCCAAGAACCCCAAGCCGCCCAAGGGCCCCACCUACCCGUCGCCGGUGAACCACCCGCCCAAGAGCCCCUCCUACCCGCCGGUCGUCGGCCCACCGGUCACUCGCCCGCCGGUGACAUACCCGCCGAUCCCCACGCCUCCAGUCGUCGGCCCGCCGAAGGGCCCCGUCACGCGCCCGCCAUUCGUCGGCCCACCGGUUACUCGCCCGCCGGUGACAUACCCGCCGAUCCCCACGCCUCCAGUCGUCGGCCCGCCGGUCACCUACCCGCCAAUCACCGGCCCUCCGACGACGCCCCCGGUCGUCGGUCCACCCGUCACGUACCCCCCGAUCACUGGGCCCCCGACGACGCCUCCGGUCACGUACCCGCCCGGCGGAGGCAGCACCACGCCUUGCCCUCCUCCACCACCGCCUGUGACCCCGACGCCGUCGUCGCCGACGUGCCCGGUGGACUCGCUGAAGAUCGGUGCGUGCGUGGACCUGCUGGGCGGGCUGGUGCACAUCGGCCUCGGCGACCCGGUGGUGAACAAGUGCUGCCCGCUGCUAGAGGGGCUGGUGGAGCUGGAGGCGGCCGUGUGCCUCUGCACCACCAUCAGGCUCAAGCUCCUCAACAUCAACAUCUACCUGCCCCUCGCGCUCCAGCUCCUCCUCACCUGCGGCAAGGCUCCACCGCCCGGCUACACCUGCACCGUCUGAUCAACCCAUCCAUGCAUGGAUGCAUGUAUGUACGUACCUACCCCCA